AUGGCUGAUUCAAGAGUUCGCAAGAAUGCAACAGAACCAAUCAAUACAUACUCAUUCAUUCGUGGAAGUUACGACUCGACCAUAACCAGAACAGUGAAUGAUAUAUUAAAUGAUUUGAAUAUUAAGGUAAGAGUUGAACAGAAGAACGAAGAAAUAAAGACUAUCAUGAAUGAAAACAAAGAUGUAAACAUUGACGAUAAACUUGCCCAGAGCAUAGUUGAUGGCAUCUGUGAUUUUGAAGUACAUAAUGACGGUGGAAAUAUGAAUUUAGAAAAAGAAGUUACAUUAUUCACACUGUUUCAAGCUAUUAAUUCGUUACCUAAUCAUUUAAUUAAUGAAGCAUACGAUAACGUUUAUAACUUCUGCAAUUUAACUGAAAAUGCAAAAAGUAAUUUUGAAAAAGCACGUAAUAGAUAUGCACAUUUAAUGACUUCUCCAUUUGUUUUAGUGAAGAUUCUAAAAAUAUAUCAAAAGGAAUAUUAUGAUGAAUAUGUUUUACCUUUAUUACGUAAGCCAAAAAUAACAUUUGAUAUCAAACUUGACGACUCGUUUUUGAUAACAGAUAUUAGACGCAAGGCUGAAAAUCAUCAGUAUAAAAACAGUUCUGAAGUAAUUGAGGAUUUAUCACGUGUAAUCCGUUUUGUAGAUUGUGGAAAUAAAUAUUUCAUUCAAAAAGAUUACAACAUACACGAUAAAAUGAAUCAAAUAUCAUUCGUUCUUCAAUCAAACAUGAAAGAGUCACUCAAAAUGAUUAAAUUAUUUAAAGAAGAAGGUAAAACAAUAACAGCAUGGGAUGUACUACUAAAUCAAUUAUCCUCAUUAACCGUUAAGGGUGUUUGCUUUAAAUCUGAUUCCCCCGAUGUUUUCUCACGUUUCAUG